GGACGGACUGUGGGUCCAUCCUGCUGCCUGUUGUUCCGCCACUCGGCCAAUGGGAGGCCGGCUGUCGAUCAUCUUCGGUCCAAUCAGAGCAGGAGAUUCCGGGCUCCCAUCGCGAGUUGGGUUGUUCAAUCUGGGAGUGAGGAGGACAACAAGCAGUUUUCCCCCUUCUGGUGUGCGGGAUGGAUGCGUUGCGGCGAUGAAUGUUCCAGUAGAUGUUGAUGAUAGUGGAUAUGGCUGAAAGCCCCAAGAGUUGCUGUUCUCGUCGAACUUAAUGAUGUUUUUCCAAAAAUCUGAUCAAGGCAACAAUUCGUACAAAUGACUUGCUGCCCGGCUAGAGGACGUGCGUCCCACCACUGAGGGCACAUGUGCAUGUGGAGAGAUGGAUCGCUGUAAGCAUGUGGUGCGCCUUCGCCUGGGCCACAACCACUCCAUCCUCAAUCCGCAGAAAUGGCACUGCGUGGACUGCAGCACCACCGAUUCGGUGUGGGCCUGCCUCAAGUGCUCCUACGUUGCCUGUGGACGCUUCAUGGAGGAGCACUCCCUCAAACACUUUCAGGAGUCCCACCACCCGCUGGCCAUGGAGGUGCGCGAGCUGGACGUCUUCUGCUUUGCCUGUGGAGACUAUGUACUCAACGACAACGCGGAGGGAGACCUCAAGCUCCUCCGGGGGGCCCUCUCAACUGUCCGGAGCCCGGGCAGGCGCUCGCUGCGCUCCUCGGCUUGGGGGGCGUGCACCCACCGCCCUGGGGAAAGCGCCCCGCAGCCUCCCAUGCAACUGGCCUUGCGCCACAGGAGAAAGAGCCUCCUGGCAAAGAUGCUUCAGCGGUGGAUGAGCAAAUAUCGGGAGCUGCAGAACGAACGCAAAGAGAAGCUGGAGGAGGUGAAAAGACAGAAAAAGGAGGUGAAAAGGAGACUCAUGGAAGAGCUGGGCAGUGUCCCCCCUAGGAAGAGUGCAAGGCUUCUUACUCAGGCGCCACGUUCAACCAUCACGCUCAUUCCUUGCAAGUUCCGUGACCCUCCGGAACGCCUGCCUCCCCCUCCUCCGAAGAAGCCUUCCCUCCUCGCCUUGUCAAGAAAGGCCCCUCCCAACGGCAGAGCUGCUAAAUUGAGGCGGUACUACGCGGCUCACUCGGCGACUCGCCGUCGACUCGCUCCGGGGGUCACCGGUCUGCGCAACCUGGGGAACACGUGCUAUAUGAACUCCAUCUUGCAAGUGCUGAGUCACCUGCAGAAAUUCAGGGAGUGUUUUCUCACUUUGGACCUGUGCGAGACAGAGGAGCUGCUAGCCAAGACUAACCACUCGCAGGGGAUGAAGCCAGCGCCGGGAAGUGUUGUCAGCACCGGUAAGGCAGAGCUGACCUCAAGUCCGCUGGGAAAUGUGACAAUGGGCAACAAGGAGAGCGCUCCGCCGCCUCCUCAGGCUGCAGAGUUGGUUCAGCCCAAGGAGCCUCGCUGCUCCACCCGCCAGCAGAUGUCUCUGUGCCAUGAGUUGCAUACGCUUUUCAGGGUCAUGUGGUCGGGCCGCUGGUCGUUGGUGUCCCCGUUCGCCAUGCUGCACUCGGUUUGGAACCUCAUCCCAGCAUUCCGGGGCUACGACCAGCAGGACGCCCAGGAGUUCCUGUGCGAGCUGCUGGAUAAGGUGCAGCAAGAGCUGGACACGGAGGGCUCCAAGCGCAGGAUAGUCAUCCCCAUCACCAAGAGGAAGCUCUCCAAACAAGUGCUGAAGGUUCUUAACACCAUCUUUCACGGGCAGCUACUCAGCCAGGUGACGUGUCUGUCCUGCAAGCACAAGUCCAACACAGUCGAGCCAUUCUGGGACCUGUCCCUGGAGUUCCCCGAGCGCUACCACAGCGUAAACAAAGGCUCCACGGCCUACCAGCGUAGCUGCACCCUAACCGAAAUGCUGUCCAAGUUUACUGAGACGGAAGCGCUCGAAGGCAGCAUUUAUGCCUGCAACCACUGCAACAAAAGAAGACGGAAAACCUCCCACAAGCCUUUAGUUCUUUCAGAAGCCCAUAAGCAGCUUCUGAUCUACCGCUUACCUCAGGUUCUACGGCUGCACCUCAAGCGCUUCAGGUGGUCGGGGCGGAACCAUCGGGAGAAAAUCGGCGUCCACGUGGCCUUUGACCAGGUUCUAAACAUUAGACCCUACUGCUGCACGGGCUCGGGUCACUCGGUCCACAGGGGCGGGUACACCUAUGACCUGUCGGCCGUGGUCAUGCAUCACGGGAAAGGCUUCGGCUCAGGGCACUACACCGCAUACUGCUACAACACAGAAGGAGGUUUCUGGGUCCACUGCAACGACUCAGAGAUGAAGGUUUGCAGCGUGGAGGAAGUGUGCAACACUCAGGCCUACAUUCUCUUCUAUACCCAGAGGUCCGCUUAGGCGCCUCUUGCUGUGACGUGCACCUGGACCUGCUGAGCCUCGCCCGAGGAGACGAUCUUCACACCUGGAGACGAUAGCGAGUCGAGCGGAGGCCUCCGCCAAGGUUGAUCAGUUGGAAGUAAGAGUGGAGCAGGAUGAGUAAAACCCUCCAUUUCAUCACGCUUUUUAUCAAUUGACCUCACGAGGUUCAACUUGGAUGUACUUUAAAGUAGUCAGUUUACAGCAGUAGCUCUAACACACAUACUUUAAUGUGUAGAUAUCUGGCAACACAAGUGAACAUGUUCCAAUAGUGUGAAUAUUUAGUGUAACCAUUAUUUAAAUCUGCUUUAAUCCUGUUGGAUGUGGAGUUGAUCAGAACAUCUAUCUGCAAUCUUCUUCCACUCCUCCAUGAUAACAUCACUGCUGGAACUGAAUGUUGCACACAUUUGUACUCCUUCACCUUCCUUCCUUCCUUCCUUCUUUCCUUCCUUCCUUCCUUCCUUCCUGCCUCCCUUCCUUCCUGCCUUCCUUCCUUCCUUCCUUCUUUCUUUCCUCAGUGCUCAGUUAUGUUCAGGAGACAUGCUUGUCCACUUCAUCCCCUUCACUUUCUUCAACAAGACACUGGUCAUCUUGGAGGUGUGUUUCAACUCUAUGUCCUGGUAAAAAAAAGAGCUACUUUUUCAGGUCCACAGUGGCACAGUGCAUGUUGAAAUUCACGUUUCUCUGCAAUGGACCACAGCUCCUCAAUGCCAGCAGCACUCAUGCAGCCCCACACCAUACUUUACUGUUGGUAAACAUAAAGAUCUUCCUACUUGCUGGUGUUGCCAGCUAUUUAGACAAUAAUGUGUGUGUGUUGACUCAUUUUCCAGUGGAUAGUAAAGCUAGACUUUGUUAUCGUAGGACCAAAUUUUGCGCGUAACAAAGAAGUUCCUUUUCGUGCGUACGUUCUGUGCAAUGAAGUGUCCAAACAAAGAAUUUUAUGCGUUAAUGACUCACUCUGUGUGCUUUUUUUGGUUUAGUACCUAGUGCAAAAUAAGCCAUCAGGGCGCCAAAGAAAGUUGCGAGUGCCAGCACUUUGAUAAAGAAGGUGAAAAACACCAUUGAAUUCAAGAAAAAAUGUGUAGCAAAGUACAAAAAGUACCUCUCAUUUAUCCAUUUAACUUGUUGUUUUCUACUUGUGAAACUUUAAUUAUUCUCUCUAAAAUGUUGUUUUGUUUUCAUAUUUUUGGGUCUAUCUUUGGAUCUACUUGAUUUCUUAUGAGGAGAAUUUGUUUUGUUUUGUUCGGACCCUUUGGAACAUAUUGCUACAUCAAAUGGAGGUACCACGGUACUGCUAAACAAGCUGUAUGCUGACUACUUUAAAUUGUAGUGACUCUACUGGGUUCUUGUAUGAUGACUCGAUGAAUAAAAAUAAUGUGGGAUGUGUUAA